AGUUGAACCGGAAGUAGUUGAACAUUGAAGUGUUUUCGAGGAGCUCGGAAGAAAAUGAACACUCGUGGUUUGCGUUCUCAGCUGAAAGACAGUGUCCCGGUGGCGGGGCUCUGUCCACAGGCAGGAUCUUAUGGUGUACCUGAUACCCUCCGGAGGGGGUUUUCUAGUGUCAAAAACGAGCUUCUCCCAUCUCAUCCUUUAGAACUCUCUGAGAAAAAUUUCCAGCUUAACCAGGACAAAAUGAACUUCUCCACAUUAAGGAACAUCCAAGGACUUCAUGCACCUCUGAAACUCCAGAUGGAAUACAGAGCAGCCAGACAGAUUCAACGUUUGCCUUUUCUGCUGAGCUCCAAUCUGGCCCUGGAUACACUCAAGGGAGCUGAUGAGUCCGUCGGAUUCGAGGACAUCCUUAAUGAUCCUGCGCAGUGUGAGCUGAUGGGCGAACCUCAUAUUAUGACAGAGUAUAAACUCGGCCUGUUGUGAAUCCUGUGUCCUAAUACUAUGUAAGAGUAAUGCUGCCAUACCAGAAGAAGAAAAACGGAUCCAUAUCGCAUUAUAGCAUGAAAAGUUUGCUAUAACAAGAUUUCUUUUCUAGUUAUAUAACAUUUUAUAGUACAAUAAUACUAUAUAUAAAUUUUAUAUGCUAAGCUUAACAUGAUAAAUUGCUCAAUUUUUUCAUGUUAUGCGAUUAUUCGUAUCGUUAGGCUAUAAUAUUAAAUUCAUGUUUGUAUGAGGAAACAGUGUAUGGAGAACAAAAACGGAGGAAUACGGCACUUUUACAUAAAGCGAUUAAGUUCUACUUCAUGCUUGGGAUGAGACUCUGUUGUUAGUGAGUGUGAAGAUGAUCAUGUAUCCGAAGAAGGAUUUUAUACAUCACAUGGAGUCCAACUCCACCUUUUCUUCUUAUAAUAUGAAACUUCAUGUCACGACGAUAUCUUAUGUUUAAAGCAUUUUAUCACAAACUUCAUGUUAUAACGUGUUGCUCGCUCAUCUGAUUUCUUUUUCCGGCACGGCAGCAAUACACUGCACUAAAAUAUGUCACUGAAAAUUUUACUUUCUGCCUGACUUUUUUGUUUGUUUAUAAUAAAAAUGUAACAUUUGA